GGCAGUCGUGAACAAGAGAAGGAGACCUGGGAGGAGGAAGACGAAAUGGAUGCCGACUCGUAUACACCGGAGUUAUUCUUCAGACGUCACGAUCUCAAUUCUGACGGCUUCAUCGAUGAGGAGGAGAUCCGUGCCGUUUUGCUGCCUCAGUUUUCCUUUCUUAGUAAUUUCCGCUUCCCUUUCGCCCUGUCGCAGGUCAAGAAUAUGAAACCAGACUCAAAAAUGGAGCGUGAACGAAUUCUGUUUCAAAUGACCCAAACUGUCCUCAAAAAGAUGGACAAGGACGAUGACCGCCGAAUUAGCAUGAAGGAGCACACCGACUUUUCGAACUCCAAGGAGUCCGUCUUUGACGAGGAAUGGGAUGUAAGUGCUGCCUUCCUUUUACGCCGAAGCACAAUCACAGACAUAACCUUGUAUUACCGCCCUGCCUGCCCACCCGACCGAUGUAUGUGCCCACCCUAG